AGAAACGUUGCCUUGGGCACGUUUCUGGCCAAUCAACGUUUUGUAUUUCAGAUUCAAACGUUAGUUAGAGGAAGGCAAACGUUGGAAAUGCUUUUGUUGUAUUCUGAGGAUAACUGUAUUUUUUGUACCUUGUUAACUGCAUGUUAAGUAAAUCGGAAUACAAGAUGUUUAUGUCUCCAGCAAAGACCCCCAUUCGUAGAAGGGAGGACUUGCACACAAUGGGUAUACCCUUUGAUGGCAUCAUUACUUGUGCUACUCCUGUGAAAGAACUAUUGAAAAGGGCUGGGGUUGACUACAGUGACUCAGAAGAGAAAAGUGAUGGUCCAGUUUUAGAAGAUAAAGCUGUCCAGAAAAAAGUUCUGGAAAGGCCUUUAAAGGAGGUUAUGCAGUCCACACUAAUUCAUGAAAACUUUUAUAUUGGUUCUGUGCCAAAUGUGUAUUUUCCUGAUUUCAGUAAUAUUGAGAACAGUUCUCGAAGUAGCUUUGACAUAUCUAAUAAUUUCAAAAGCUGUGCCUUAGAGACGCGGAUGAAGAAGCCAUGUGCCCCCCAUAAUGAUAAAGCAAAUUCUAAACACUUAGAACAGUUUCUUAACAAAGUACAAUUUUCAACUGAAUGCUAUGGUGCCAAUACCAAGAAAGAGACUAAGAAACAAUUUGAUCUAUUGCUUGAAAGUUCCAAAAAGCGGAAACGACAGAAUGCUCCGUACACUGAAAAAAGUCCAGUUUUGCAUAAAUCGCCAGCAAAACGUAGCCAGUAUCCUGGAGGUAAAUCAGAGUUUGCUGAUAUUCGAAGCUCUCAAGCAAAUGAAGAACAGAAGACUUUAUUUUCAUCCUCUAAUUUCUCUAGCAAAAAUGCAGAUUUGCUGUGUGAGGUUACCUCUGUUCAAGCAGGGAUCACAGAAGAUUGUGUUUUUCCAGUUCAAAGAGAAAGUAAAGUCAUCUUAUAUGGUGGUAAUGGUGAAAAGAAAUUGCCAACUAAAGGAUCUCCAUGCACAGAAGCACUAGCAACUAAAAACAUUCAAGCACUUCCUGGCUCAAUCCAUAUUGAGAAAACAAAAAUGAAUGAAGUGCCAGCAGUAUCAACUGGGAGACGAGUAAUAGCCAACAUUUUCACAGCCCAGCAAAAUCCACAUUCAUCUGAUAUGAUCGUGGAUGAAAGACAGGAAGUGUCAUCUAUGCAAUUUAGAGAACAAGAACUACCUAAUUUUCUAAGAAGUGAAAGGAAUAAACAAUCUCCAUUUAAAGUAGUUUUUCCUGAUGAGAGUAGCGAGUGUGACAUCAGUGAAGAUGAUCAGGAUAUAAGUAUUCUUUUAGUGUCAUUAGAUGAGGAUGAAAGCACUGAUGAUAAAGCAUCUUAUGACACAGCUAAGACUGACAGUAAUCCCAUGGAUAUUAGUUUGGAAUUGCAUAAUUCGGAGAGAAGGUCUCAGAGACAUCCCCUGUCCUUUACAAAUAAUAGCCCAGCAAAAGCCACUUACAAUGGUGUACUUGAAACCCCUGAUGUUCAAGACUUUGCAACCAGCCCAAAGAUUUACAUACCUAGAAGUAAAAACCAGAAAAAGCAAAGUGAAAAUAAAGUGGCAGAAAUAAAAGUGAAUGAUGUUACGGAUGCAAAAACAGAACCAACUGGCAUCCAGCUUUAUAAGUGGAAAAUCAGGCCCAUUAACCAAACUGGGAUAUGUGUUGAAGGAAUAAGAAGAGAUAUGAAUGAGGAGGCAUUAUUAUGGCACAGCAACCUCAUCUGUAAACGAAUAGCACAUAAUGUUGUGAUGACUGUCACUGGCAGUGUGUAUGUCUUGGUUGGAAAGAUGAAUCCAAGUUCUCUUGAAAGUAAAGAGUUUCCCUCAUCUUUCCUUAAAACAUUUGCUUUCGGAUUUCCUGAAAACUGGAAGGUAUACUGUGAAAACUACUUUAAAGAGCUCAACAGGUCUAAGUCCAAAGUGUCUAAAGGAAGGAAGGUAAAAACUAAGGUUGAGUGCAAACAUAAUUCAGAGACAGAAAGUUUGUUCCAGAAAUCUGUUCAAUCUCCUAAUGCCACAUUUUCACUGGAGACAAUGAAAGUAACCCGUAGUGGUAGACGAAUCAAACCUCCACUUGAAUAUUGGAGAGGACAGAGGAUAAUAAUUGACAGAGACUUUAACGUAAGAUUGGAUAAUGGCCAUGUCAAUUAUUUAAAUAUGGAAGAAACUCAAGAUGUAAUGCCAAGUUACAGAUCUAAGCUGUCCACACCAAAAGUUCACACCAAAAGACAACCUUACUCUGAUAACCGAAAGAAAACACCAAAUCUAAAAGGUUAUAGAGGGAAUCUACUAAAUUUCAGAAAACAAAAUGGAUUAAAGAACAAACCAAAUGAAGAAAAUGUGGUAGUUUCUCUAACUCCAUUGCGAUCUGUUAAGCAGUUGAAAGAUCAAUGUUCAAGGUAUCAUGUUAAAUUUAACGAAAACCAGCUGUCCAACAGUGGUCUUACCUAUUCUUUAUCAGAAAGCCAAAGUGAAGUGUUGCAUUCCGAUGAUAAAUGUGAUUGUUCAAGUGAGGAUGGAAGGAUUUCAUUUCAGAGGAAGGUCAAAGUGCCACACAAAACCAGAGGAUCAUCACAGACCAGGCUGUUUGGGUUAUCUUCAAACAACUACAGUAAUAUAACUACAGGUACUGUAGUACAACAAUUUGUUGAAAAUGAAGCAUGUAUGAAAAAGAAAAAUAUCUUACAGGAAAUGAAUACUCAUAUUAGUGACUCUGAUUCUGACAAAUCAGCUCAUUUAUUCUCAAAUGUGAGGAGUCGUCAGUGUAAAAAGAGUCAAUCACCAGAAUGUUCACUUGCAACACAGGAGGGACAUGACUGUUGUAUUACUUCCAAGGUAAGAUCAUCUUUUCGCAAGUCUAAAGGAAAACCCAUGCAUUCUGAUAAACAAUCUUUUCGCAAGAAGGUAAAUCGGCAAAAGUCAACAUCUAAAUUUGAGCAAUCUGCAAAAAGGUAUAGCUGGCGUUCAGGCUUUGAUUCCAGUACAGUUAAUACUGUAGAUGAUGUGUUUGAUAUAUCAACAAAUCAAAAGAAUACAACAGCGAACUACAGACUUGUUCAAACAAAGAAAAGAAAUCCAAACAUUGUGGUCAGUCAACAACAUUCAGAGGAUUUAGGGAAUUGUGAUUCAAAACAGGACAGCACUGACGACAGCCUUAACAGUUCCAAGUCUCCAACUGGUAGUAUCAAGCAUUUUAAAAAUGGUACAGGUUGUUUCCUGGGAACUGAAGGGACACCUACAUCAGUGCCAUGUGAAAAAACAAUUGGGACUUCAAGAAAUAAAUUGGUGCCCAGUCAGUCUAUGCAUGUCAAUCAAGUAUGCAAUAAGGAAGUGGUAAAUGAGAUGCCUUGGAUGAAGGAAGAGCUUCAAAGACUGCAUUUGGCUGUUGCAAGUAUUCCAAAAAAGAAAAAAGAUUACUGGGUUGAUAUUUCAAUGGCAGUUGGGACUCGAUCAGCAACAGAAUGCCAGAAGAAAUACAUGGAAGUUCAUCAGACAAACAGGAAAAUCAACUGCAAGAAGAAGGAACAAAGGGCUCCAGCAAAGGUCCCCUUAACAAUAAAUGCAAAAGUUGGAACCCUGAAAAGAAAGAGACAGAUGCGUCAGUUUCUGGAGCAGAUAUCAAAAGAUGAACAUGAUGACAUUUUUAGUGCAUCUCCAUUAGGGAAUAGAAAAGUAAAGUUACCUUCUUUUACUGGCAAAAAUGAUGACCUUACUUUUAAUUUAACUGGAAACAAUCCCGUAACCCCAUCGUCUGAUAUUUUUCCAACAUCAAAAACACCUCAGAGCCACUAUAUUAGUCCUGGUAUGCUCCGUUCUGUAAAUGGAGAUGAUAAUGAUAAGUAUGUAUUUAACCUUCAAAGACAAAUUAAAGGAAGAAAGCUAAAGAACUGGUACAAUGUUAAAAUCCACCCGACUUUUAAAGUGUUAGCUACACCAUCUCGAGGAGUAUCCAAAAGAUUGAAUGAUGGUAAAACUGAGUCUGUUGUUGGACAACUCUUCAAGAAAGAUGGCGAAGAACUGUCGAAUCAUAGCAGUGAUGAGGAUCACUACUUUUCCCUGGAUGAAUAAUUUUAGAAAUGAAGAUUAACUUUUUUUCUGUUUUGAGCCAAAGUGAUGGCUUAAUCGGACACCCAAGAUACACUUUGUUUUAAAUGUUUAAAAAAUUAGAAGCAGAAAGGCCUGAUUGUUUUAUUCAUAUGGCUGUUCAGUUCAAGCAAAAGAGAAAUUUCAGUUCUUUGAUUUAGCAGAAUUAUGUGCAUGGUAAACCAAAUUUACAGUUUCUGCAAGAUUAUUAAAUUGUUUAUGGUAAAGUCAUUGUUACAAAAAAUUUAUACAUUUUCAGCAAUAAUCCUUCUUUAGAACCACAUCAGCUGAUUGUUCUUAGGGUUUUCAUGCUUUUCAUCAUAACAUCAGUUCAAAUAACUCGGCAUGUAAGCUUUAUUAGAACCAUUCGAGCUCAGAAAUCAGAUUGCUUGUUUCAUUGUAGGUGUCUAGUUUUAAAAAUGUUUUUAAAUGUGUAGCUGGCACAUUUUACUGUUCUAUAAGUGAAGUUGUAUAUUUCAACAUUUGCAUUUACAUAUUUUUUUAUGGGUUUUAGUUUUCAGUGUAUUGUACUUUUCAUAUCUAUGAUGAAGUAAAUUUUGUAUUUAUAAAAAAAAAGUGGCAGAUGUUAUUUUCUAAAUAU